AUGGAUGAUAAUGAAGAAUAUGAUACUAAGAGGAAGACAAGGUGUGGUUUACAUGUUCAUCCGGAUUUUUAUGGGGUUUAUCUCUUGAGAUCUGUUCCAAAGCCAAAGUCAUUUUACAUUGGAUCAACCCCAAAUCCACAGAGAAGGUUACGACAACAUAAUGGAGAGUUGAAAAAUGGGGGAGCUUAUAGAACAAAGAAGAGUGGGUUUAGACCUUGGGAAAUGAUUUGUCUAGUAUAUAAUUUUCCAUCCAAAAAUGUUGCAUUGCAGUUUGAACAUGCGUUGCAGCAUCCUUAUCAAACUAGACAUAUAAAACUGGAACUUAGAAUCACACAUAAGAGAAAUAGUGGAAAUACACUACACCAUAAACUAGGAAAUAUACGGUUAUUGUUGGGGUCGCUGUUUUUCAGUAGAAUGGGGUUGAAGGUUCUUUUGUUUGAUCCGGAAGUUCAUUCGGCUUGGUGUAUAAAUAAGUUUGGUGUAAAUGUGACAGAUAAUGUCCAAGUGAAUGUCACAAGGUUCGAGGACUACUUUCUGAGGGAUAAUAAUGAUGAAAGCUCGGGAUUUAGUUUGUCUCGUCAAAAGGAGUCCGAGCGUAUAUAUUUCGAAUCGUCUAAGAAAAUCCUAUUCUUCGAUAAUCAACCGUGUUUUAUUUGUAAUGAAACUAUUGAUUAUCAGUCCGAAAGUGAAGUAUCGUUUAGUAGUAAGCUUGAUGUCGAUGCGUAUCUACGUGAAGGGAAUAUGCCUUUACUUGCUAUUUGCUAUCAUGAAAAUUGUCGGAAACUCUAUCACCUAUCGUGCUUAGGAUUACAUUUUUUGGAAAAGGGUGACGAACUUUCAAAUAAAACAGAUUCAGAAGAAAAACUUGGAGAUACUGUUAAUUAUCUUACGCCUUUACAAGGAAAAUGCCUAAGCUGUAAUAAUUUUAUUAAUUGGGCUAAAUUAAGUAAAAUGUCUACCAAACUAAGAGAAUACUUUUUGAAAGAUCUAUUAAACACGGGCGCCACUUCUCAAUUUAUAGAAAAUGAUGCCGAUGACUAA